AUGGAGAUCAUGGAAUCCCCGGAGGCCCCCGUGCCCCUGACGGCUCUGUCCCGCUGGUACCUCUACGCCAUCCACGGCUACUUCUGUGAGGUCAUGUUCACCGCCGCCUGGGAGUUUGUGGUGAACUGCAACUGGAAGUUCCCCGGCGUGACCAGCGUGUGGGCGCUCUUCAUCUACGGCACCUGCAUCCUCAUCGUGGAGCGCAUGUACCUGAAGCUGCGCGGCCGCUGCCCCGUGCUGCUGCGCUGCAUCAUCUACACCCUGUGGACCUACCUGUGGGAGUUCGGCACUGGGCUGCUGCUGCGCCAGUUCAACGCCUGCCCCUGGGACUACUCCCAGUUCCGCUACAACUUCAUGGGGCUGAUCACGGCCGAGUACGCCGUGCCCUGGUUCUGCGCCUCCUUCAUCGUGGAGCGCCUGGUCAUCCGCAAUACGCUGCGGCUGCGUUACCACGAUGGGCCCAAGGACGGCUGGUCGGACCAGGGGGCGGACGCAGGGGGCGGAGGAGGAGAUCCCUCGGUGGCCCCGGCAGGAAGCCCGUCCACCUCCAGUCGAGCUCCAUUCAUCUCCCCGUUUAUUUUCUUUCCACUGCGCGUGUCCAGUGAGAAGUUUUGCCAGUGA